CCCUUCGAGUCUGGGGGCUCUUGGUUCUGGUACCAGCACUAACCACCACAGCUGGUGCCUUGGCCCUGAUAUCCUCUUGGGCGAACUUGCCCAGUGUGGAGGAGGGGAACCUGGGUUUUGGGACAAAGUACAGAGCGCAGGCCUUGACUGACUGGAGGGGCAGAGCCACAGAUCAAAUGGCCGGGGAGGAGAAGGUGACGGGCCCACCUGGGCUCCCACAGCAUGCUCCUGGGAAAAUCACUUGUCAACCUUUUCCCUCUUUUGUUCCUAGGGUAAGGGCUUCAUGGCCUUUUCCUCUAGGAAGCCCUCCCUAAUCAGGUCGUGGGUGAAUGUCCAGCCCCUGGAGCCCAGGUCCUAUCAGCUGCUUGGUCUUGAACUCCGAUGAAACCCCCACCCCUUCUCAGCAGCUUGGCAUGGGCAAAUCACUCUCCCAUCUGUUAAACAGGAGUCUGAGACCUGAGCCAGGCAGACGGGAUAAAGUAAUCAUGGAUCCUGGGUGCCUUCAAAGAAUUUUUCCUUAGCCCUUCCAGUUCCUUGAUGGUGCCCGGGCACCCAAAGGCAGCCCAGUAGAGGGAACUGAGGCCUCAGAAGGUUGCCCCAAGUCUCCACUGGAAUCCUCUGCCCCUCCCUUCCAGAUUAACCCAAACCUGCUAAUUGUGGCAGCUCUCAGCAUGCUCCCCUCCCCCACCGCAGUCUUCCUCCCUUCCCUCCCUCCCCUCCCCCUUCCAUCCGAAUGAUAAAGGGCCGGGCCCGCCUGCUCCUGCCCGGCCUCAGACCCCGGCCCUACUUAGCCACACUGUCCCAGCCCUGAGCCUAACACCAGGCCAGGUCCCUGCCCACGCUGUCUGCCUCUCCUGCAUGGGACCCUGCAGCGACUCCCGCGUGGGGCCCCCGGAGGCUGAGUUGCCCUCCCAGCCCCCCAAGAGGAGGAAGAAGAUAUACCUGCGGCAUGACAAGCCCCCCUACACCUACUUGGCCAUGAUCGCCUUGGUGAUUCAGGCCGCACCCUCCCGCAGGCUGAAGCUGGCCCAGAUCAUCCGUCAGGUCCAGGCCGUGUUCCCCUUCUUCAGGGACGACUACGAAGGCUGGAAGGACUCCAUCCGCCACAACCUCUCCUCUAACCGAUGCUUCCGAAAGGUGCCCAAGGACCCAGCGAAGCCCCAGGCCAAAGGCAACUUCUGGGCAGUCGACGUGAGCCUGAUCCCGGCGGAGGCGCUGCGGCUGCAGAACACUGCCCUGUGCCGGCGCUGGCAGAACGGGGGUGCGCAUAGAGCCUUCGCCAAGGACCUGGGCCCCUACGUGCUGCAUGGCCGGCCCUACCGGCCUCCCAUUCCCCCGCCACCGCCGCCCAGCGAGGGCUUCAGCAUUAAGUCCCUGCUCGGGGACCUGGGGGAGGGGGCACCCUGGCACCAACUGGCGCCACAGAGCAGCUCAGCUUCGGUGGGCACAGGGUGCAGUAUGGAGGAGGCCGUGACCACCCCACCCCUGCAUGUCUCUGAGAGUCCUCUGUGGCCCAUCUACCCGCUCCCUGGGCCCACGAGGGUGGAGAGGGAGACUUCACAGGGGGGAACCAUCAGGCCUGCAUCCCUCUCCCCAGAGCCCAGGGCCUGGCCCCUCCACUUACUACAGGGUACCCCACAUGCUGGGGAAUUGCCCAGCAGGGGACACAGGGCCUCACUUUGGGGGCAGCUGCCCACCUCCUACUUGCCCAUCUACACCCCCAAUGUGGUAAUGCCCUUGGCCCCACUACCACCCACUUCCUGUCCCCGGUGCCCACCUUCAACCAGCCCAGCUUACUGGAGGGUGGCCCCUGAGACCCAAGGGCCCCCGGGGCUGCUCUGGGAUCUAGACAGUCUUUUCCAGGGAGUUCCACCCAACAAGAGCAUCUAUGAUGUGUGGGUCAGCCACCCUCGGGACCUGGCUGCACCUGCUCCAGGCUGGCUGCUCUCCUGGUACAGCUUGUGAGGCUCUUCGGGCAGGGGCUGAUUUUUCCUCCUGCCCCCACUGGCUUGAUGGCGAACCAAGGCCAGGACGUGUCUGCAGCACAGUAGUCUUAAAACACAAGGCACCAACUUGCUGAGAGUACACAAUGUUUAUUGGACAACCCCACAAAGGUCUGUGGCCCAGCUGGGCACAACCCUGGCCCUGGCCAGUCAUGCCUCUGCCUCUCCCACACCCAGAGAGGCAAGGCUGGAGGAGCAGGGAUCAGCCUGGAGUAGCCCUUCCUGGUUCUAUCUUCUCAGGACCACCAUCAUCCAUCCAUCACCAUCUGUCACCUCCCCUCCCUGGCUCCAGGCUGGGGGAGGAAGAACCUAAUAGUGGAUCCAGCCUGAAGUCAUGCUCUCCCUCAACUGUCUGGGAAGGAGGUAGCAUCUUUUGGGUGAAAGGGGUUAGCGAAUAAAAACUGGAUCCUACAUGGUCUUGCUGGUGGUGGGGAAGAUAAUAAUAAAGGAAUUUACAACA